AUGUACCAGUUCGUCCUCGGUCGCUCCAGACCCGCCCUCUCCAACCUCGGCCAACGCCUGCCGGACAGGCCCCCCAUCGCCCGCUCCGACAGCUACCACUCGGACGGCUCGCAGCGCGGCCACAUCCCCCUGCGCUCGCUGCGCGUGCAGGGCGCCGCCUGGGGGGCCGCGGGGGCCAGCAUGUACGCCACCCUGCACGGCGUCUACCUGAUGCUGCGCGCCUUCCGCCAGAUCCGAUAUAUUUAG